AAUCUCUGUCUCCCUCUUCCGGAUAUACAUCUCAUUGCCGUCAACAUACAGCUCAUUACAAUUGAAUUGAAAAGAAGAGUUAUUAAAGACGACCUUCAGUUUUGAAAAUAAUCUUCAUAAUAUUAGAUAAGGAAAAAAAACACGUCCAAAAAAAAUUCUUGAAAUAUUUGCACAGAAGAAAAACAAUCGCCAUCUUUAAAUUAUCAAAUCUAUCUUUAAAACGUAAAGACACCCAGAUAAUUACUUAAAAAUUCUUAGCAAAAGGAUACGAAGCAAGAAAGCAAUUAGUUCAUUGCUGUAAACAGAAAAAAAAAUUCUGGAUGGCUCAAAGUCUUUCGACAGUUCCCUCGCUAUGUCUUCUGAGGUUAAAACCAUCCAAACCAGUCUAUUUCAGAGAUCAAGGUACAUUUUAAGAUCCACCAGCAGGUGGAGGUUUCCUGCGCCAGGAUAGAAGUGUAAGCAAGAAGACGACAAUCAAUAAUCGUCAGUCAGAAUCAGAAUGGACACAGGUGAGUCUCAGCAUUUUACCAUCAACGUAGAGCACAGGAAAAUAUCUGCAACUGUUGGGGGAGAUGCACUGUUGUCCGUGUGGCCGUCGGGGAAGAUCUCCAGUGGAAGCUGGACCUUUAACGGGAAAACAGUCUGUCAGUGGAUUGGUCAACUCGUGUCUAUUGAUAAUGCUUAUACAUCGCGAACUGAACUAAUCACCUCCAACGGGUCACUGUUGCUGAAGUCAGUGAACAAGUCAGACAGUGGGGAAUACCAUGUAAACAUGGUUCCAGUUCGUGGCCCACAAACCUUAGUGACCGUCACUCUUGAAGUCACUGAAGAAAUUGUACCACCUCCAAGCAGUUUGUCACGUGGAGCGAUCGCCGGGAUUGUGACUGGAGUCAUUGCUGGAGUGGCACUUGUGAGUGGAGUAGUUUCCUGGCUCAUCAAGACAAUGACAAGCAACCACAAAACAAAGGAUGCAAUUGAAUAUCAUUCAGAAAGAAAUGUCAGACUUCUCUCCCUCUACUAAAAUGAGCGACAUCCUGAUCAUCAACCUCCACAACCCACCUCUGCCUGAACAAAACGGGUCAAGAACAUCGAACCCAACCCCCAAAAAAGUCCCUUCCGACACAAAUACGGAGGAGCUGGUGUCACCAUUGUAGAGGAGGGCGCAUCAAGAGCACUGGACAUAAUAGACCACCUGAAAAGAUUUCACGGUCAAUUGUUUUCUCAUUUGCAAGGAUUUUUUCGACAAUGGGGAGGGUUCAGCCAUCCAGUUCUUUCGUGGUGACAACACUGAACUCAAUAUCAACUACAUCCACAAACAAAAUGCUGGUGGAACACAGCAGGCCAUGCAGCAUCUAUAGGAAGAAGUACAGUCAACGUUUCGGGCCGAGACCCUUUGUCAGGACUAACUGAAAGAAGAGAUAGUAAGGGAUUUGAGAGGUGGAGAUCCGAAAUGAUAGGAGAAGACAGGAGGGUGAGGGAUGCAGCUAAGAGCUGGAAAGUUGAUUAGUAAAAGGGAGACAGAGCUGGAGAAUGGAAAGGAUCAUGGGACGGGAGGCCUAGGGAGAAAGAAAGGGGGAGGGGAGCACCAGAGGGAGAUGGAGAACAGGCAAAGAGUUCUCCAUCUCCCUCUCCAGGGAAGUCCUCUUCACCGCACCCCCUCCUGUCUUCUGCUAUCAUUUGGAUCUCCACCUCUCAAAUCUCUUACUAUCUCUUCUUUCAGUUAGUCCUGACAAAGGGUCUCGGCCCAAAAUGUUGACUGUACUUCUUCCUAUAGAUGCUGUCUGGCCCUCUGUGUUCCAAGAGUGUGUGUUGCUUGUAUUUCCAGCAUCUGCAGAUUUCCUCGUAUCAACUACGUCCAAGCCACUCUGUGCGAACAGUAAUGUCUAGCAAACUUAAUUUCACUCAGCCAUCAGCUGUCUGAAUGGUUCAGUGACUUUAAAGGGAAGAGACAUUUAUGGUACAUAAUUUCAGUGGUAGUUUUUCAGUAAACAAAGACUGUUGACUGAUAUGUCUCGCCACUCGCUGUUAAAUGCAUCUCUCCCUUAUUAGGGAGAGCAGGAGCUUGUGGUGUGCAGAAAUGUUGGGUGAACGAGUAGUUUUAAUGGUAAAGCAAGUUGGUGUCUUUAUUGAUGCUUUGCUGCACACUUGAGUGCUCAGUGGAGGGUGCUGAUGCAUUUUUUUGCCUGUGGGGGUGUCAUUGCUUUACUUGUGCUUUGGGGGGAGUAUCCGGGGAUCUUUGGUGUUCUAAAGUUUUGACUGACAUCCAUUCUUUGGGACACUUCUUUGUGUGGAUGUCUGCGAAGACAAAGAAUUUCAGGACGUUUAUUUUAUACAUUCAUCUGAUAUUAUAUACAGCCAUUGAACCUAUUAGACCUAUUGAAUAAACUGUGUGUGGACCCUG